AUGCCGUAUCUCCAGCUGAUAACAAGGUAUGAGAUGAUGACAAAAUUUGAUCAGCUGAAAGAAAGGCUACAAUGCAUCUGGUCCAGCAUUUUUGGCCUCUACACGACCAACAGCACUAAAAGCUGGAAGGAAAGACUCCUCCUCAUCUUUACCUGCUUUACGAGCAGCCUCAUUUUGAGCACCUUCCUCUUCCUCAUCCUCCACUUUUCCUUCAAAUGUGUUCAGGAAGUCUCAAUUCCCAUUGCCAGUAGCUUUUGUAUAUUCAUAAUCCCAUUCAUGUAUUUCUCAGAAAAGAUCCGCUGUUUUGUAGCUUUGCUUUUGGUAUCAAUGAGCUUGAAACAAGCGAGGACCCUUCUUCUCACAUUUGGAUCAAGUUUAGUCAUUUUAUUCAACAUCCAGAAUACAUUACAGAAUGCAAGAUUGCUUGCAAAAGGCCUCCUCUGCAACUUAGAAGAAAAAUUACUGGAUAUUAACACUGAACCCCUUAUAAAAUAUAUAAACAUGCUAAAGUGGGUGGGAAAGCAACUUAAAAGAUACUUUACUGAUUUUGAACUAGUGAAGUACCAAACAGAUUUUAAGCUUAAGGCAAAGGUUGAUUCGGAACACUUUAAAAUUCACCUUGCCGAGGCUGAGCGUAUCUUAAACCAGACGGCACAAAGUGUGCAAGCUCUGACCAACACUUUGUCUUCUGCAGGACAGAUAAUGUCUCCAACAUUAGGUCUUCUCAUGCUAGUGCUUCUCACUGCUCUAUACCUGAGACGAUUCCAUGUAGACAAAAAGUACAGAAACGUAUACAUCACAAAAAAGUUUCUAUGGUUUGAUGAGCAGCAAAAGAAGGAUGGAAAACCUUGUGUGCUACCACUCACUAAAAUCGAACUGGAAAGUUACACAGUGACACCGUCCAUCCGGAUGACGGGCCAAUGGUGCAAAGACAUGCUUAAGUUCAGCAUUCCUAUAUUUACCCACUGUCUGACCUGGCUGGUGUUCAUCAGUCUGGAUAGCCUGAUUUACUGGCUUAUUGUAGUUCUGAGCAAGCGGCUCAGGGAAUUGGAGCCACUUCGUGUUCCCAUGGGGAUAAAAGUUCAGGAAGCAACAUCAAUUAUAGGUCUACACAUUGAUGAAAACGCUAAAGUGGCGAACUUUUCAUACACAGUGUCUCUGUUUGAGAAGAAGUGUUUGUCUGAACCUGAACUGUGGCUCACCAGAUCUCUGGUUCCUCUGUCGCUCGUCCUGGUGGUGCUGCUUCUUCUGAGCUUGUUGUCAUCACAGCUGGUCCAGUUCAGAGUUAUGCUGUCUGAGCAGUUUUUCUCAGAUGUUGCUGAGCAAAGAGCCGCCUUUCUACAUGCAAAGAUUUUAAGACAGCGAUGCAAAUCUAAAGCGGAGGAAAUUCAAGGAAGUCUAAACACUUUGGCCAUGCAGCCCAGUUUCUGGUGCCCCUUAUUCUUCCAUGAACACACAGAAAAAGUUGAAGCUGUUUAAAUAUGCUUGAGGUUUGUAACUCAUCUGUCUGAUAAUCAGCCAUAACAGUAGGUUUGGGACAGUGUACAUCACAACAAUUGAAAUGUUACAGGAAUGUAACAGUGUUGUGGUCAAAAAAAGAUUCUUACCUUGAGUGCACCGCUGUUACACACUACUAAGACUACUAAGGUCUGUAUGCACAGUUACAUUAGUGGUGGUGGUGGUGUAAAGCACUAAAUUGUUAAGCAGAAUGUUGUCGGUUUGCUCCCCACAGCCACCACCAUUAUGUCCUUGAGCAAGGCACUUAACUCCGGGUUGCUGUGGGGGGAUUGUGCCUAUAAUAAGGGCUCUGUAAGUCACUUUGGAUAAAAGCGUCUGCCAAAUGCAUUAAUGUAAACAUUGAACCACAUUUGAGUUCAGUACUACAAAACUACACUACAUUUCAAUUUCAAGCUUUUGGUGUUUGAC